AUGUUGGCCUUCGAGGUAUAUGAAAGCGACCAACUCUACGAGUCAGCUACAGCUAAUCCAGGCGUCCGAGCGAUCAGGCAACAGCUUCGCAUAACUAUGCACAGAAAGUUUGUCAAGAUGCCUGUCGUCGACUUCCUGGAGAACUUUGUCCCAAAAGCUCCUUCGAAAACCCCGCGUAAGAGAUUCACUUCCAUGCCGAAGGAAGGCGCUAUUGAGAAGGAGAUACAGGUGGCUUUCGCAAACAACGUGAACAAGAAGACGAUGUGCCCCGGACAUUGCGUUGUCGAAACGGAGCACAGAUACGACGAGAAUGAUUCUACAAAACAGAAGCCCGACGUAGCUCUCUAUCGCAACACUGAACGUCCGACAGACAAUCGGCCAAACUGGAAUGUACAGCGACUGCAUUUCGAAUUCAAAAGACACUACAACCGGGACGAUCCCUUCGAUGAUAGUUCGGACGACUUUGAAGACGUGGCGAACAACCGCAUCGAUAAACGAGGCCAGUUUAUUCAGUAUGCGGCCACAUUGUUUGAACGCCAGCAGCGCUGCUUCUGUUUCACUGUUAUGAUGCUUGGUCGUUGGGCACGUCUGUGCAGAUGGGACAGGUCGGGCGCAAUCAUUUCUGAGAAGUUCGACUACGUCGAUUCACGACACUUGGUCGAAUUCCUGUGGCGGUUCGCUCAUCUUUCUCCAGUGGAUCAAGGCGACGAUCCGACGGCGAGACCGAUUCCAAAGCACUCCGGUGAUGCCGACCUCAUGCGAGACAAGGCGAAACCGAGACGCGAGAAAUGUGGCCACAUCCGGGAAUACUUCAGAGAGUCGCUUGACGAGUCUUGGACGUGGUGGAGGUUGAAGAUUGACGUUCCAGUGGGUGGUGCGGACUCUACUGCGCAUGAAGUGAGAGGCGAGUAUCUCGUUGGGAAGCCACACUUCUCUUCGCAUAGCAUGGCGGGUCGAGGAACGCGCGGUUAUGUAGCCAUUGACUGCAAGACUGGGGAUUUCGUGUGGCUGAAGGACGCAUGGAGAGUGGAUCAUGCAGGUAUCGAGAAGGAAGGUGACAUUCUUCACAGACUGAACGACCUCAAGAUCGGGAACAUUCCUACAAUGCUUCAGCAUGGCGAUAUCCUUCAACAGCAUACACUUUCGCAGGAUUAUUGGCUGAGUCCAGAUCCAACGAUGACAAAUCCUCUCAAACUGCACACUCAUUAUCGUCUUGUGGAGAAGGAGGUCUGUCGACCUAUGCGUGAUUUUAAGCAUGGCCAAGAGCUUACCAGACUUGUCUACGAUUGUAUGUCCGCCCACAGAGACGUGAUGAAACUCGCGGGCAUCAUCCAUCGCGAUAUCAGUAGCGGAAAUCUAUUGAUCAACGAACACGAAGUUGUGGCCCCUAACGGCGAAAAGGAUGUCGCUAGAGAUGGCAUCCUCGCUGACUGGGAGUUGUCCAAACCGCUUCUCGACGGUGCAGAAGAAGGCGAUGGUCCACGCCAACCUGAUCGUACGGGAACGUGGCAGUUUUUGUCGGUGCAUGCACUGGACAAUCCGUUCCGUACAAUCACGGUUGAGGACGAGCUCGAAUCCUUCUUUCACGUCCUCCUCUACUUCGGCAUUCGUUACUUGCGGCACAACAUUCUCGAUGUCGGUGUGUUCAUAUUCAAGUAUUUCGACGAUAGUACCCCGCAGGGCGAUAAUUGGGCCUCUGGAGAGAGAAAAAAGGCGGCGAUAAAGUGUGGGAUCAUCGAGGAAGGUGAACGACAGCUCAACUUCGAAUUCAGCGAGAACAAGCACGAUGAUAGAGGACAUCCGCUUACCGAUAUCAUCAUGGAGCUCCUCCAGUCAUUCCGGUCUUACUACGCUGUGCAGGGUUCUCAUUUCCCUUAUGCGCCUCUACCUGCCGACCAAGCCAAGCGGCAAAAUAACUACUCAGCGUUCACAGGAACGCGAGCGAUCGAAGGUAACGCAGAUCUCUCCUCGGUGAGGACAAACCGUCAGAAGAGGACCCAAGUAGACGCCGAGGAUGACAGAGAAGCAGCAAAGCUUCUGAUGUCUCACGAGCCAACGCUGACCGUCUUGGCGCAGGCUCUGACGAACGAGACCUGGCCAGUUGAUGACAAUAUUGGCGACCAGUUGCCCCCAGAUUUCCAAAUGACGAAAGCGCAAGAGGGGAAGGGUCGCUUGAAACGUCUUGUAGAUGCAGAGCAAUCAGCCGCCGGUCCAAGCGGGAGCAAACGGUCGAGGUUCCAGUAA